AUGGACCAAACAAUUCGCGUCGCUGUCGCCGUCUACGUCUUCAACAAACACGGCCAGACGAUUCUCGGCCGACGCAAGGGGAGUCUCGGCGCCGGAACAUGGGGUCAUCCCGGCGGCCACCUCGAAUUCAACGAGAGCUUUGAAGACUGUGCAGCUCGAGAGGUUCUAGAGGAAACGGGCCUCGAAGUAACUGAUAUACGCUUCCUUACGGCGAUCAACAAUGCCAAGAUGGAGGGAGGAAAGCAUUAUGUUACGAUUUUUGUGGGCUGUAGGCUUGUGGAUGAGGAUGCGGAGCCGGUGGUUAUGGAGCCUGAGAAGUGUGUCCGCUGGGAGUGGGUCACUUGGGAUGAAAUGAAGGUGACUAUUGAGAGGCAGCGGGAAGCAGAGCGUCUGGGGAAGAUGGAGGAGUAUGAGGGGAGGGUGUUGUUUAAGCCGAUUUUGAAUAUUUUGCAGCAGAGAGUGGGAUUUAACCCGUUGGAGAUUUACCGGUCUGUUAAAUGCUGA